AUGUCCAAGCAGGUGGAGGUCCGGAUGCACGACAGCCACCUGGGCCCGGAGGAGCCCGCGCCCCGGCACCUGGGCCUGCGCCUCUGCCACAAGCUGGGCAAGAACCUGCUGCUCACGCUCACGGUGUUCGGCGUGGUGCUGGGUGCGGUGUGUGGCGGGCUGCUGCGCCUGGCGUCCCCUCUGCACCCUGACGUGGUGAUGCUGAUCGCCUUCCCUGGGGACAUCCUCAUGCGGAUGCUGAAGAUGCUCAUCCUGCCGUUGAUCAUCUCCAGCCUCAUCACAGGGCUGGCCGGCCUGGACGCCAAGGCCAGCGGCCGCCUGGGCACAAGAGCCAUGGUGUAUUACAUGUCCACGACCAUCAUUGCUGCCGUGCUGGGGGUCAUCCUGGUCCUGGCCAUCCACCCCGGGAACCCCAAGCUCAAGAAGCAGCUGGGGCCCGGGAAGAAGAGCGAUGAGGUAUCUAGCCUGGACGCCUUCCUGGACCUCAUCCGGAAUCUCUUCCCUGAGAACCUUGUGCAGGCCUGCUUCCAACAGAUUCAAACAGUGACCAAGAAGGUCCUGGUGGCACCACCGGCAGACGAGGAGGCCAACGCCACCAGCACCGUCAUCUCACUGCUGAACGAGACGGCAACCCAAGCAUCUGAUGAGGCCAAGAUGGCGAUCAAGAAGGGACUGGAGUUCAAGGAUGGGAUGAACGUCCUGGGUCUGAUCGGUUUCUUCAUCGCGUUUGGCAUCGCCAUGGGGAAAAUGGGCGAGCAGGCCAAGCUGAUGGUGGAGUUCUUCAACAUCCUCAACGAGAUCGUCAUGAAGCUGGUCAUCAUGAUCAUGUGGUACUCCCCGCUGGGUAUUGCCUGCCUCAUCUGCGGGAAGAUCAUCGCCAUCAAGGACCUGGAGGUGGUGGCCAGGCAGCUGGGCAUGUACAUGGUGACAGUGAUCGUGGGGCUCAUCAUCCACGGGGGCAUCUUCCUGCCCCUCAUCUACUUCGUCGUGACCAGGAAGAACCCCUUCUCCUUCUUCGCCGGCAUCUUCCAGGCAUGGAUCACGGCACUGGGCACCGCCUCCAGUGCCGGCACCUUGCCUGUCACCUUCCGCUGCCUGGAGGAGAACCUGGGCAUCGACAAGCGCGUCACCAGAUUCGUGCUCCCCGUGGGCGCCACCAUCAAUAUGGACGGCACGGCCCUCUACGAGGCGGUGGCCGCCAUCUUCAUAGCCCAGAUGAAUGGCGUCGUCCUGGACGGGGGCCAGAUCGUGACCGUCAGCCUCACGGCCACCCUGGCCAGUGUGGGUGCGGCCAGCAUCCCCAGCGCUGGCCUGGUCACCAUGCUCCUCAUCCUGACGGCUGUGGGCCUGCCGACUGAGGACAUCAGCUUGCUGGUGGCCGUGGACUGGCUGCUGGACAGGAUGAGGACGUCGGUGAACGUCGUGGGCGACUCGUUCGGGGCCGGGAUCGUCUACCACCUGUCCAAGUCUGAGCUGGACACCCUUGACUCCCAGCACCGUGGGCACGAGGACAUCGAAAUGACCAAGACGCAGUCCCUGUACGACGGUCUGAAGGACCACCGGGGCAGCAACUCCAGCCAGGGCGUCUACACCGCGCACAACUCCGUCGUGGCAGACGACUGCAAGGUGACUCUGGCAGCCAAUGGGAAGUCGGCCGACGGCGGUGUGGACGAGGAGCCAUGGAAACGGGACAAGUAGGCUGGGCCCUCGCAGAUUCUCGAUAAAGUCCCCGGCGUCUCUUGUGGUCAAAGGUGACAUAAACAGCUUUCCGUCAACAGGAA